AGCUCUAUAAAAAGUGCUUAACCAACGCCCACUCUUCUACAACCAAAACUCUUCAGCUAUUGCCCGUUCAGCUUUGCUUCCACAACGACGGCCUGUUGCCAUGACAAGCCACUACAAAGGAGAUAAAUCAGACAACCUGAUGAUACAUGACAAGGGGAGGAAUAGCUUAACCAUUAAGCCUCGAGCGCUUGACAUCACUUGGGGUGCCGAUCAUAGAUACUGGAAGUUUUCUUCGAGUGAUAAUUUCAGCCCUGUAGAGCUGCUGCAAGUGAGCUGGUUGCAGGUGAACGGGAAGGCUGAAUUGACCUAUUUUAUUCCAGGAAGGGAGUAUUCUGUCAAGUUCAAGGUGGAGCUAAAGCCUGACAACUUCGGCUGGGCUGACCGGCCGGUCUACCUUAUGGCGGCAAUUGACAGCCGGCGUUCAUGGAGGAAGGCCGAUCUCGGCACAAAGAUUGCCGGAGUAGAAUUCGUUGUUCCAUUCGGCAACCUUUUGACAUUCAAAGUCCCUAAUGACACCGAUGGCAAGAUGGUUGAGUUCGGCAUGUAUGAAAUCUGGAAGGGAACUUGGAAGGGAGGCUUGGUUAUCAAUGAAGUGGUCAUUGAACCAGUAUAAAGCUAGCUCAUAAGACUCUAACAAGUACUGCAGUGCAAAAUGACAAUCAGCUAGCCUUCCUUUGUGAGUGUGUGGAUCUCAUUAUCUCAACAUUGUGUUUUUCUCUGUCUCUCUGUCGCCUUUCAAUUGCAUUUUGAACACAUGGCGUAUGAUUUUAAUAAAUUAAUGAAUGCUUUGUUUAAGGCUUGGUUUGCUACGGCUAUUUUACUGCUUUCUAAAACAACUUUUUAGUACAAAAAUUUUUUAAAUUAGAAUUUUUUUUGUAUUAAAAUGCUGUUGUAGAAAGCAUUCCGAAAUCCGCCCCAAACGAAGCCUAAAUGCUUUGAUAUUGUAAUAAGUGCUCAUUAUAUGCAAUAAAUAAUGCUUCGAUUGAAAUAAAGUACAGCUGAGAGUAUUUUUUGCCAA